AUGCAUGGCAGAGCGCCAUUGCUCUCGAUUUGGACUGGACCGUCUCUUCGUUUUGAUCUGGUAUUUGAGUGCUCGACGACCCGAGCUCGCGUGUGUCGUCUCUUCUUUCCCUCCCACUGCCCCGUGGGUCCGGUGGAGACGCCGGUCUACAUGCCUGUGGGCACCCAAGGCACUAUAAAGGGGGUGACGGUGGGGCAGCUGGAGGUGAUCGACUGUCGCCUGCUGCUAGGUAAUGCCUACCACCUCGGUCAUCGACCGGGCCCUGAGACACUGACCCGUGCCGGCGGACUGCACGCCUUCAUGUCUUGGCCACGUGGCAUUCUCACUGAUUCGGGGGGUUUUCAGAUGGUUUCCCUUUCCAAGCUUUCCUCUACUGACGAGCAGGGCACCCACUUCUGCUCGCCUCACGACGCUUCCGAGAUGCUUCUCACGCCCGAGGAGUCGGUGGGUCGGAUUCAAGCCUCCAUUGGGUCUGACAUCGUGAUGCAGCUAGACCAUGUACUACAUGUUAAGACUGUGGGCAAGGAGGUGUACGAGGCUACGCGACGCUCGGUUAGGUGGUUGGACAGGUGUAUUGAAGCGCAUAAACCUCAACUUCAACGACAAAACCUCUUCGCCAUCACUCAGGGUGCCCUGUACGAGGACCUCCGCGAUGAGUGUAUCAGGGAGAUGACGAAACGCAAGGAUAAGGUGCAAGGAUUUGCCGUCGGUGGUUUGAGUGGGGGCGAGGCAAAGUCUGACUUUUGUCGCACCGUCUAUCAGUCUACAGGUUUGCUGCCCCGUGACAGACCCCGCUACUUAAUGGGUGUCGGCUUUCCCCUUGAUCUGGUCGUUUGUGUUGCCUUGGGUUAUGACAUGUUUGACUGCGUCUACCCCACACGAACAGCUCGAUUUGGCCAAGCUCUUGUCGAUUGGGGGCUGGUGAAUCUCCGUUUGACAGACUACACGUAUGACUUUCGUCCAAUUGAGCCUGGGUGUCCGUGCCCCGCAUGUUCUGGCAACGUCUCCCGCUCCUGGCUCCACGCUGCUUUUGGCGCUCACCAGUCGAAUGCCGCCUCUUAUGUCAGUCUGCAUAACCUGACAUAUCUGCUCAAUCUCAUGCGUCGGAUUAGGGAAGCCAUUCUAGCUGACGCCUUCCCUAGGUUCGUUCAUGAGUUUUUCCGACGACGCUGCAAAUCGUCAAGGGAUAGUUCUCAAGAUGGCGAAUCCCACAUUGAUGUAGAGUACGAAUUCAACGAAGUGCCGUCUUGGUGUGUCGAGGCUCUGAAGAAAAUGAAAGCUAGUCAGCGCAAAUCUACAGUACAACACUCGAAAUCGGUGGUGGAGUCACCACGGCAACACGACAGAACUCUAGACAGACGACACACACGUUCCGCUAAGCAAGGAGAGAACGGUGGAGACAAGACUAGCAUCGGUGGCUCGAGGCUUUUGUUUCUGGGCCUCAUCGCCUUUCGUUUGGUCAAUGCUCUGAUGAUACAGACAACUUUUGUGCCGGAUGAGGUAUGGCAGUCGGUCGAAGUGGCGCAUCGUUGGGCCUACGGAUUUGGCACCUUGACAUGGGAGUGGACUCCCACAGUGGCAAUCCGCUCCCCGCUCUACCCGCUCUUCUUCGCUGGAAUCUACAAGGCAUUAGCCUUCUUUGGUGUAGACUCCCGUAACGCAAUCGUUCUUCUGCCUCGGCUCUUUCACGGUCUUCUCACCGGUGUAACCGAUUACAUAAUCUACUUGAUGGCCGUCCGAUUGAGUGGAAAAUUAUCUGCAAGGUGGGUGCUGCUGGCAGAGAUAACGAGCUGGUUCACCGCCUACUGUGCGCCACGCAGCCUCAGCAACAAUCUCGAGUGGGCGCUGCACGCGGUGGCCUUUCGCUACUACCCUUGGCCCCCGAGUCUUGGUCUGGGUCCUGCCUCUACCACCGCCGUUCCCUUUCUGCUCCACGUCUGCCUCUGUAUUUUGCUCCGUCCAACUGCCGCUAUACUCUGGAUCCCCGUCUGUCUCCACUACCUCCUUCGGAUUUGGAAGGAGUACUCUUUCCAAGAUUUUCAACACACCCUCCGUCUCGCUUUGAUGAUUGGUGUCCCUUGUGCUACUGUAUCACUCGGUGUUGACCGGCUCGUUUUCGGUCGUUGGACGGUGAACCAGUUCAACUUUUUGCUUUUUAAUUUCUUUUCGAACGGGGCAAACUUUUACGGCGUGCAACCUUGGUACUGGUAUCUCACAAGUGGCCUUCCCUCUAUCCUCAUCCUUCACCUACCCUUAGCACUCAUCGGUUGGUUGUUUGAUGUCACCAAUGGUCGCCGUUGGCUCAUAAAGUGGUGCAGUUUGCUGAAGAGCCGUCCUCAAACAAGGGAAAAGGUUGUCGCAAACUGUCUAGCACAUAAGGAAUUUCGCUUCCUCUUCCCACUGUUCCCUCUGUUCAUGUACUACGCCGGUCGAGGAUUGUUCCUCCUCCAUUGCAGGUUGCUUGUUAUCCUUCUGGUUGCAGUUAACUUCGCUGUGGCCGGUUACACCUGCCUUGUCCACCAGCAAGGACCAGACGCCUUGAUGUCGAAGCUAGCCAGACAGGCUAAUGCUGCCAACUGGGCUGACAUGUCUCCAGGGCCCAGUAUCCUUGUUCUCAUGCCAUGUCACAGCACACCUCACCUGAGUUAUCUCCAUGUGAAUGUGAGUCUACGACUACUCUCUUGCGACCCAGAUCUUUCGGCAUGGCACAACACAGAUCCCCGAGCUUAUGUCGACGAGGCGGAUAAGUUCUACGAGGACCCAACUCACUGGCUCAACUCCAACUAUCCCAGCGGCCACACACUGCCGCAGUACAUAGCCAUGUUCACCGAACUUACACAGAAUGCAGACUAUGGUCAGGGUGUAACGCAAUGGCUUCAAGCUAGGAACUAUUCCACCUGUACGGAAAUAUUCCACUCCCAUGUCGUCUCACAUCGCAGACACAGCGGGCAUAUCUCCGUAUGUCCUACUCACCACACACCCAUCCAUUCACCACCAGAGUCAUCAGCACCAUCAGUGCCCCCUAUGACUAUCUCAGUCCCCCGAGGAGUGGCGAGGGUAUUUCACGCACCACCGAGUGGUUACUUCAGCAUCCGCGUGGCUUUGCCCUAUUCUCCCUCAUCCUCGCGGACCUCUUGUAUGCGUGCUUGA